GCGCCCCUCCAUUCAUUGCCGAUCUGUCCGUAACAGUGGCACGACGUUGCCGCCGCGUUUAAUCUUUAACUUUUUGUUUCCAGUUAACUUUUUUUUUGAAGUGAAAGUCUCGAAUAUUCAUAUUGAAAUCUCGAGCACAGUUUUGUUAUUUAAAUCUUAAAAUUUGCACUUCCACUUAUACAAACAAAUCUCGGAAUAGGUACGCGAAAUUUUUGAAACAGCUCUCGCUUGCAGUAAUUUCAUAUUCUACAUACAUAGAGAUUUAUGAGGGGAACGUGAAGAUUGCAAUAUCACUUUCAAAUAGAAGACGACUUCAAAGGAACGAAAAUGUCGAAAAAACAUCUCCACAAUCAAGCCGCUAUACCGUUAGCUCCUGCGGUAUUCAAGAAACCACAAAUGCGGCCGAUGAUAGCCGAGUAUGACCCCAAGAAAAAAGGAGUCAGGACUGACUUAUCAGAUGUCGUUAUGGUCAAGUAUAAAGUUGACCCUAAUGAAAUCCCGGUGGAACAACAGGCGGGGUCCACCCUGCCUCUUAUGGAAAUACCGGGACGGGACAUAGAGGCUGACGAAGACUACAAUCCGUUUGAGCACCGGAAACUGGCGCACCCGACAUCAGAUCUGGAUACACUGAUUCAUUUACUGAAAGGGUCACUCGGCAGCGGGAUUUUAGCCAUGCCCAUGGCGUUUUUGCACGCUGGGUUGUAUGUGGGGCUGUUCGCUACGUUCCUCGUGGGCGGCAUCUGCACGUAUUGCGUGCACGUGCUGGUGAAGACGGCGCACGAGCUGUGCCACAGGAUGCAGAAACCGUCGCUGGGCUUCGCCGAAACGGCUGAGGCGGCUUUCUUGGCCGGCCCUCCCGCUGCUCACAAGUUCUCAAGACUAGCGAAAGCUAUGGUGAACUGGUUCCUUGUGGUAGACUUAUUAGGAUGUUGCUGCGUGUACAUAGUAUUUGUGGCAACGAAUGUGAAGCAAGUAGCCGAUUUUUACGCAAAAGGAAGCGAAUGGCACGAUAUGGAUGUACGGCUCUACAUGCUUGCGACUCUACCUUUUCUAAUUCUUAUUAAUCUUAUCAGAAAUCUAAAGUACUUGGCUCCGUUCUCGAUGAUUGCAAACUUGUUGGUUGGCUGCGGAAUGGGUAUCACAUUUUACUACCUCUUUCAAGAUAUGCCAGAUGCCAGUACACGUGAUAGUUUCGCUGGAUUCGACAAACUACCAACAUUCUUUGGUACCGCUAUAUUCGCCCUAGAAGGCAUUGGUGUCGUUAUGCCAUUGGAAAACAACAUGAAAACACCAACGCAUUUCAUCGGCUGCCCUGGCGUGCUAAAUAUUGGCAUGUUCUUUGUCGUGUCUCUGUAUGCAACCACUGGAUUUUUCGGAUAUCUGAAAUAUGGACUUGACACUCAAGGAAGCAUCACGCUUAAUCUUCCUCAGGAUGAAUUAUUGGGCCAGAGUGUGAAACUGAUGAUCGCCGUAGCUAUUUUCUUUACUUAUAGUCUGCAGUUCUACGUGCCAAUGGAAAUCAUCUGGAAGAACGUUCGCCAUUUGUUUGGCGCCAGGAAAAACCUCGCAGAGUACAGUAUAAGAAUAGGGAUUGUACUUUUGACACUCGGAAUUGCCAUUGCCAUUCCUAAAUUAUCACCUUUCAUAUCACUCGUCGGUGCCGUGUGCCUGUCUUUCCUGGGUCUCAUAUUUCCGGCUGUCAUCGAAACGGUCACUUUUUGGGAUAGACCUAAUGGACUCGGCUUUUGCAAGUGGGUUCUGUGGAAAAAUAUGUUUUUGGUUUCUUUUGGAAUCCUCGGAUUUUUAACUGGUUCCUAUGUUAGUAUUUUAGAAAUAAUUAAUGGAGAUUAAUAUGCUAAUUAAGUAAAUAAUAAAACUUACCUACUCGGUCUGGCAAUCGAGGAAUAGAUAAAAGUACUUGUAUAAAAUGUAGUUGAAUAAGAUCCAUUUUGAAUCACUUUUUGCUUUUAUUUUAUAACAAUAGUUUUAUACUUAGUUGAACAUUUAAAGUUACAUCGCGGCCUUGUUUUGUAAAUAAAAUAAGAUGUCUGCCCACGCAAAAAAGACAGGAAAAAAGAUGAAACCUUUUAAAGUAAUAGAAAAAUUAAAGUAAUAGGUAUCCACAAUUUUGUCAAGCACCGGAGGAUUGUUAAAGAUGGCAAUUGGACACGACCGACUUGAUAAAAUUUAAAUAAGUAGGCGAUUGUCUUUUGUACAAUUUGCGAACGUAUCUUUUGAUAAAUAAUUAUAAAACAAUUUUCAUGUAAAGCAAAGCAAAAUAAUGCAGGACUGAACGCAAAGGUCACUAGACCCAUUAUAAUAUAGGGUAUAUUAGGUAUGGAGUUACUUUUAAAACCUGACUAAAAAGUGCAUUUGAGCACAUUGCCCGAGUUCCACUGGACUACGGAGUACCAUCGUUAAGACCGAAGACUGAUCGUUAGUAGGCCUUAGGCCGUUUUCACAUUAUCCGAUCCGAUAUCGGAUGUCGGAAGGAUUUCAAUAGAAAAAAUCCAAGAUGGCGGAUAUCGGUCCGACAUCCGAUAUCGGAUCGGAUAAUGUGAAAACGCACUUACUGUCAAUGCCACAAGAAAGGACUACCAAUGGUCAGUUAAGCUAUGAGUAGAGUAUGUGGUGUCUUGUGUUUACAUGAAGCAUUAUUCCUUAGCCUCGAAUCUCUGUAGCCAUGUAGGUUAAAACAACUGUAGAUAACUUUAUAUGAACGUGUGAGAAUUUUCUAGUGCAUUAAUGAAAUGUGAUACAUUUAGGUUAAUGAUAACACCCACUAUUGAACUUGUUUAAAAUAAGCAAAAAUAUAUUUUUGAUGUAGAUAAUAAAUCAGGUGGUAACCACUUAAUUGUCGUUUAAGAAGACCAAAAUUGUGCAAAAUACACCUAAUUAGAUUUUGGUUAAUAGUUUAAAAAUCAUAAUACGAAAUAUUUUGUGAUAGUGUGAUGAAUGCAUUUUCAUUAGGGUAAAUACAAUGAGUGCUUACUAAAGGAGAGAUUUAUAAUUGAUUUUUAUAAAGCGAUUGAAAGCAUUUAAAUAAUAGCUUACAAAGCUAAUACCUAAGAUAUUGUUUAAACUACCUGUGACAUUAGUUAACUCCGUUGAAUAAUGAAUGCAACCUAGAGUGUGAUACGCAAUUUUCGUUAAAGAAAACAUCCCUCGCUUUUCAACUUAUUUAGAGCCCCCAAGCCACUUUUAAAUAAUCGUCGUAAGUCACGUAGGCCUACAACUGAGCACAAAAUUAGAUUACGUAAUAUUGAUAAGAAAUAUAUUCAACAAUUUCACAAGAAACAAUAGAACAUUUGAAGCAUGGGUCUGACUCGCGCUUUUGUUCGAAGUGAAGUUGAAGGGUCAAUCAUAAUUUAUACUUGUAUUUAUUAUUAGUUUGAUGAAACAUAUUUAAUUUCAGAAUAGGUAUUAUUAAAAUGUUCCUAUACCAACCAGCAGAUCUAACAGUACGCUUGCAGCCGGCAUAUUGGAAUAGAUAGAUAGGAUUGAUACAUAUUUAUAUUUCGGUGCCUAUUACACUAAAUUCGUCUCUUACCUGUGGAAAUACGACGGCUGGUCUAACAGUUAUUAGCUGCUUGGGACUACUCGUCGGAUUAGGUACAAUAUUAUUUAUGCCGUUAUACAUAACGGUCAUUUGGACACUAAUUAUGGUCAUUGCUAUAAAAAAAAGAGUUUUUUUUUAAGAUGCAAUAAGAUGGCAAUUGACAGAAUUAAAUGAAUCUCGUACGUAUUAAAUCAUUGAAAGAACAUCGAACAUCAAAUGUAUUUGCCCUUUUAUGAAUUAAUUAAACAUUAAAUCAUAAAAAUCCAAAAUUAACUAAAUUUUAUUUUAAUAAAAUAGCGAUGACUUUUCCUUACAAUAGUGUAAAUUACGAGUAAAUUAAGUUCAAAUUUUCAGUUUUGUGAAAUGGUCCCCUGCCUUCGUCAAAGUAAAAUUUCAUGUCGCCCAUGUCGGUGAUAAUUUGAUAACCAGUGCUGGGUUCUGCAGGUUUUUUUAGUAAGUACCGAGGUUAAUUGUGUCGUGAUGUCCUCCAGAGCCAGAUAUUUGGGUGAUUUUAGGGCGUAGCCUUCCUAACUUACAGAUUGCAAAUAUUUAAACAUUGACCAUUAUUACUAGGUAGGUACCUACUAAUCUCGCGCCAGCUCUUAUUGGUUUAUUUAUUACUAAAAUAUUAGACACGCUAUUAAUUUAUUCCUACUAGGUAUCUUAUCCUACCUAAUAAAGGAAUUAAUUAUUAUAUAACAGAGAGCAAGCACGCACAGCACGGUGAAUUCAGUAGUAAAUGGUCUGAAAAUAGCACACCGCAUGUGUCCUGAAAGAGUUGAAACAGGAUUUUUUGCUAGCAGGUUGUAACUAAACCUCCGCUCACCUUACUUUUUUACUUACUUACUUGACUAAACAUACUUAUAACUAACCCCCCUUUAAAUAUACCCCGUAAAUUUGGCCUUG